AUGCUGCCGAGGGCCAGCGGUCCCCGGGGUGCCUCCUGGAAGCCUUGUGGUGUACGGAGAGCCUCGCGCCUGCGCUUCGGCACGGCUUCCCGUUUCUGUAGCUUAUUCAGCUCAGGCGGCCGAAGGGCCGAGACUGCCCAGCGGGCGCCGGUCCUCGGCCCCUUAGGAAGCCCCGCCAUGAUGUGUGCAGGCGAGCUCCUGCCCGCGAGUGGCCAGUGGCGCUUCGACCUCUGUGAAGUGGGCCAAGAAGAGGUGAUCCUGAAAACUGGAAAGCAAGCCAACCGGCGGACGAUCCACUUUGCUCUCCAGGCCCUGCUGUCCCUCUUCGACUCCACAGAGCUCCCCAAACGCCUCAGCCUCGACAGCUCUUCAUCGCUGGAGUCUCUGGCAUCCGCUCAGUCCAUCUCCAACCAGGCUCCCUUGGGGUAUCCCAACCCCCCCUUUUCCCCCACCUGCCCCGAGAGCGUCGCCUCAGAUGCCAUUUCCGUGUACAGCCUGAGCUCCAUCGCCUCUUCCAUGAGUUUUGUUUCCAAGGCCGAGGGCACCCUCGGGCGGCAGGACGGUGACAAGCCCAAGAACCUCUACUGCCAGCGGCCUUCAGCGCCCAGAAGCCAGCUGUCUCCCCCGGGCAGCGCCGCGCCCGGCAAAGAGGAAGAGGAAUACGAAGGGUUCUCCAUCAUUAGCAACGAGCCUUUGGCCACUUACCCAGAAAACGUCAAGCCCAGAUUUUCACCAGAUCCCAAACAGUGCCAAGCUGGGACCCCCGGGGGCGUUAAAAUUUCCGUCAGCUCCAAAGGGAGCAUGAGUACCCCCAAUUCCCCCGUCAAAAUGACUCUCAUUCCCAGCCCAAACUCGCCUUUCCAAAAAGUCGGGAAACUUGCGAGUUCGGAUACCGGAGAGUCGGACCAGUCCAGCACCGAGACCGACAGUACCGUGAAAUCCCAAGAAGAAAACCACCCAAACCUCGACCCACAAGAAUUGGCCCAGAAGAUUCUGGAGGAGACCCAGAGUCACCUCCUGGCCGUGGAGCGCCUUCAGCGGAGCGGGGGCCCGGGAACCACAAGUGCCCACGCGGAGGACGGUGCCUCCGCCCCGAGCAGCGCCCCUCGAGCGUUCAGAGCGUCGGAGACGAGCGCGUUCAGCCGGCCCCUGGGCUGCGGCCAGAAGAGCCAGCCGUCCCCGGGGCCCGGGCGGCCCAAGCCCCCCACGAGGAGCUCGUCUCUCCAGAAGGUGAGCUCGGGCUACAACAGCCCCACCGCUUCGGAGACGUCCCCCAAGGAGGCCGUGAGCCAGCACAGCGGCCGGCCUUCCCCGAGCACGGACUCCCCCAGCUCUCUGACGGACCAGCCCCACUUUAAGUUAAAGUACCCCAGCUCUCCCUACAGCUCCCACAUUUCCAAGUCUCCCAGGAACAUGUCCCCGAGCUCGGGCCACCAGUCGCCGGCCGGCAGCGCGCCUUCCCCGGCUCUGUCCUACUCCUCGGCCGGCUCGGCCCGCUCCAGCCCCGCCGACGCCCCGGAUCUGGACAAGCUGAAGAUGUCCGCCAUCGACGAGAAGGUGCAGGCGAUCCACAACCUGAAGAUGUUCUGGCAGAGCAGCCCCCAGCCUCCCCCCGGCCCCGUGAGGAUACUCCGCGGGCCGCCCGGAACCAUGACUUCCAGAAGGGACGUGCUGCACCUGCUCAACCUGUCCCCCCGCCACGGCAAGAAGGACGACGGCGUGGACAAGCUGGAGCUGAAGGAGCUCUCGCUGCAGCCACGCUCCGGCUCCCCGCCGGCCAACCCUCCCAACGGCCACAGGCGCUCGGACACGGCCCCCCUGGCCCCCUCCCCGGGGCCGCCCAGCGCCCCUCCGGCCUCCGUGCGCCCCUUGAGACUGCCGGCGGGCAACGGCUACAAGUUUCUGUCUCCCGGGAGGUUCUUCCCUUCCUCCAAAUGUUAAAAUGGCUCUCCUAGGAGGCAGCUGCAGCGCCAGGCCCGCCAAGGGCCUCGGGUUUGCUUCUGCCCACUUGCCUUAUCCGAGUGGAAGGCCAGCCAGCUUUGCUAAAGACCCGACCCGCUCCGGGACGGGCCGUGCCUCCGGAACCCCCCGGAUUCCCUGUCGUGGGGGCUCGGGCAGCCCCCGAUCCGGCCGAAGCCGGGAGAUCUUGGGGCAGUCUCACACCCUUCACCAAAUGUUCACCUUGGA